GGAGGAGCCGGGGGCGGGCGGGCGGCCAGCAGGAGGGGGCUGGGGCCCGAGGUGGCAAGUGCCGGAGCGCCGGCGGCGACGACGGCAGCGUUGGCAGAGCAGGCUCAGUGCGUGGGUCCACGGCCGAUCGGGGUCCGCCCGCGGGCUGCGGUGCGAGAGGGCGGCCCGGCUCCCCUUCUCUCCCGCCCGCCGCCGCCGCCGCUGUGAUUGGGUGGAAGAUGGCGCUGGGCGGAUGGAAAUCCUAAUGACAGUCUCCAAAUUCGCCUCCAUCUGUACCAUGGGCGCCAAUGCCUCGGCAUUAGAGAAAGAGAUUGGUCCAGAACAGUUUCCAGUCAAUGAGCACUAUUUUGGAUUAGUCAAUUUUGGGAAUACCUGCUACUGCAAUUCAGUUCUUCAAGCACUUUAUUUUUGUCGUCCAUUUCGGGAAAAAGUUCUAGCAUACAAGAGUCAACCUAGGAAGAAGGAGAACCUUCUUACCUGCUUAGCGGAUCUGUUCCAUAGCAUAGCCACCCAGAAGAAAAAGGUUGGAGUAAUACCUCCCAAGAAGUUCAUAACAAGAUUACGGAAAGAAAAUGAGCUUUUUGACAACUAUAUGCAGCAAGAUGCGCAUGAGUUUUUAAAUUACCUACUAAAUACAAUUGCUGAUAUUUUACAAGAAGAGAGAAAGCAGGAAAAACAGAAUGGCCGUCUCCCGAAUGGUAACAUUGACAGUGAGAACAGCACCAGCACACCAGACCCAACAUGGGUUCAUGAGAUUUUUCAGGGAACAUUAACUAAUGAAACCAGAUGUCUUACAUGUGAAACUAUAAGCAGCAAAGAUGAAGAUUUUUUAGACCUGUCUGUUGAUGUGGAACAAAAUACAUCAAUUACUCACUGUUUAAGGGGUUUUAGCAACACAGAAACUCUAUGCAGUGAAUAUAAAUACUACUGUGAAGAAUGUCGCAGCAAACAGGAAGCACACAAGCGUUCUGGAGGCUGGGAAGUCCAAGGUCAAGAUGCCAGCAUGGUCUUGUUCUGGAUGAAAGUUAAAAAGCUGCCCAUGAUUCUAGCUCUACACCUGAAGAGAUUUAAAUAUAUGGAUCAACUUCAUCGAUACACAAAACUUUCUUACCGGGUAGUUUUUCCUUUAGAACUUCGUCUCUUUAACACUUCAGGCGAUGCAACCAAUCCUGACAGAAUGUAUGACCUUGUUGCUGUUGUGGUUCACUGUGGAAGUGGUCCUAAUAGAGGCCAUUACAUCGCAAUAGUUAAGAGUCAUGACUUUUGGUUGUUGUUUGAUGACGAUAUUGUAGAAAAAAUAGAUGCACAAGCUAUUGAAGAAUUCUACGGGUUGACAUCAGAUAUCUCAAAGAACUCUGAGUCUGGUUACAUCCUUUUCUAUCAGUCUCGAGACUGAGGGGAACCGCGAUGAAGAGACUUCUGCCUCAUUUCUUCUUUGGUUAUUAUGGAAAGGAUCAAGCACUAAUUUUUCAAGAAAAGAGAAAUGCAGGAAGCUCAGGGGGCAGUGGCACACUUUGCACACAAUAAAGCAAAGACUAUGGAUUAACAAGCUCUUCCUAUUAUGGUAGUUGAUUUAUUUGCUCAGGUAUCAUGCUGUCUGUGCAGUUCCAUUCUACAAAGAAGUGACAUCAGAGAUAGCAGCUCCUCCUGUAAAGCAGCCUUCUGGUAAUUGACACACACACGUUCUCUUUAUUAAUUGCAUCAGUAAUGAUUUUAACUCCUUGGGGGUGCAGUAGAAAGAAUAGGAAUCUGUGCCAGGUUUUGUAGAUAAUUUAAGGAGAUGAUAGAGAACACACUGUUUAAAUUUGCCUGUGUUGAAUGUGUACAGAAAGGAUACUUGGUGGUCUUUUCAACCGUAAACCAGAAAUACUUUUGGGCCCAACACUUGCAGUUGCCUUCCUGAUAUAAAAAACUAACAGGUUUUAGAAUCCAGUGUCAGGAAGACAAAUACGUUUUGCUUCUCUAAAGAAGCUUUUAAUAAUAUACAGUAUAUGUAUAUGUAGGGAACAAUUGGUCAAAAGUGGCUUUUUGUUUCCCCAAGGGGAAAGACUGGCUUUGUAAUAUAAUUUUUUUCCUUAUUUAUUUUACUUAAAACUGCUAGAGUCUAAGUAUUGUAUGAAGUGCCCAUGAUUCUGUCAGUAAAUUUGAGCAUAUUUUUAAUUUUUAUUAGCUUUUGUCAGUUUAACUUGUCCUUUUGCUUGUUUCUGUUUUUAAGGUGAAUUUUAAACUCUAUUUAAAUCAGUACGAUACCGUAAGAAAAAUUGCAAUGAGAUGAGGUAAAUAUUCUUUUUCAGGAGGAACUGAUAUCUCUGGCUAAAUAUUUUUCUUUUGUUAUAGUUUAUAAGUCAGUUAUUUUAUUCAGCUUUAAUUUCAGUAAAAUAAGAAACUAUAAAAAAUUCCCUAUAGUCGUUGGGAUGAUAAAAGACAUUCUGGUGCAGUGAUGGUAUACCAGUCGUUAGAAUUCUUAAAUACUCUAAUGUUUCCAAUUAAGGCCAUGUUUGGAAGAUUCAUGUCAUAGCAGUUAUAUUAUUUUCCAGAGUCAUUCUUUACCUUGGAAAGAAGGAAUCGUUCAUCAUAACCCCAGUAGCUAGCGGAAAAAACCUUUGAAAAUUAACUUUUAAUUAAGUAGACCAGGAAUACACAAACAUGUCCUUUUCUCCAUCCACCUUUACAAAUCUUACUGGGAGAGUGUUUGGAAAUUAACUUUGUUAAGACUCCCUUCUGUUAGGAGUUUUAAGAAGUAAUGUAUGUAAUUAAAAUAAGUAAAUUUUUGCAAUUGACACUUUUUCAUGCAUCAGUAAGUUCUCUGACAAUGGCCAAAUGUCACUUGUGGAAAGUAUUUGAAUAUACAAAAUAAUAGCAAUCAAGCCUUGGAUAUUAUUUAUCAGAGUCUUUUCAGGCAGUAAUUUUUUUAAUUGCUGUAAUUUUCUAAACUUAUUUUAUUAAUACUAUUGAAUACGAAAAACAAAAAAGAAUCCUUUUGUCUGCUGCUAUUAUUAACAUUUAUUAUCUGUAUCUUUUAGCUCAGGAAAUGACUUCACCUAUUCAUUCCGUGAACAUAUCUUUAACAGGGUCACUUAGUUAAUUGGGUUGUUUAACAGAUGUGCUGGGAGAAAAUUAUGAGGUAUUUUGAUAAAUUACUUUUUAAGGUAUAGUUUCUGAAGCCUUAUCUUGGCUGGAAUUGUUCUGUACAAAUCAUAUAGCCUGGCUGAUUUACCAGCAUUGCACAGAGAAUCACAACCGAGAAUGUAGAGAAGGCCAUAGCAGUGGAACUGGAUACAUUUUUUAUUUUGAGGGCUUAAACCAAAUUGUCUUGGAUUUUAAAGUGGUGUGUCUGUGGUUUUCAGCACAGAGAAGGUGAGUAAAGUGAAGCUGAGUCAGUUUUUAUGUGAGGCAGGCCGCGGCAUGUAUAAGAAAGAUAGAUGAAGUCAUUUGCAUAAAGGUACAGCGUUGAAAUUCGUUUGUUUUCACAUUGUGCAUUUUAAAAACAGUAAAAGCUACGGUUAAAUUUCAUAUUAAAGCAAAUGAUAGCAUUCUUGUUGAGUUCCAUGGUAGUCACACACUGUUCACAUCUAUACUGCAUUUAAUAGUACUGGUAUGAUUUGUCAGGGUAGGGACUGUGGGAUGAUGGUUCUCAAUUUACUUUUUACUCUUAGUGCAGCUGCAUCUAGGGAGAAUGUUUGCAAGCUUAUCAGAAACUCAACAUACUUUAAAAACAUAUAGGGUUAGGGUUGGUGGGGGGGAAUGCAGAUAUAGUAAGAAAAGUGACCCAUAUAGACAGCAUUGUGAGGUUGUCUGUUGGUUGACUGUGGUUGAAAUGAAGGGUGGUAGGCUUCAGUUGUAAAUGAUGGCUGAUUGCUGUCUAUGUACAUGAUUGUUGGGAAUGGCUGUUCUGUUCCAUAUUUUGUAUAUUGGAAUAAAAUUUCUAUAAAUUAUCAUAGCUAAAAGUAAAUAUUCUAAAUUAAGUCUCACUUCGAAGUCAUAUGGCUUCUGUCUUGGCAACUUUAUCUUUAGAAGAUUACUUAAGACAGGAGCCAUGAGACUUCCAGAAGGAAAAGAAAAUGUGUAAUAUAUGGAUCUUGUUGUCUCUAACCAUCCGUAUAGGGUUUUUCUUUCCUUGAUGGCAGUAGAAAGAUCUCAUUUUCAUAACAUACUUCUCUUGAUACUUUCUUUAAAGAUACUUUUCAUUAAAGAUUCUCUCAUGAGGUAUUUAACUGGGAGCUGGGAGGCUAAGGCGCUCAGGUCCUGGCUCUUCAGUGAAUUUAACUGUGUGACCUUGGGCAAGUCACUUAACCUCUGUGCUUCAGUCUCCCUAUCUUGUAAAAUGGGAGUAAUACCUACCUCACAGGGUUGUUGUGGGGAUUAAUUAGAUAAAAUGUCUGUAAAGCAUCUAAGGUUCUUGAAGAAGGCGCUAUACAAAAUAAUAUCUAUUAAAGUUGUUUUAUUUGUG